UCCCUGGUCCCUUUUUCCGCUCCUCAUUGGCCCUGAGCCUGUGACGUUUCUUUCCAGGGAGAACCACGUGGGUCCCUCUUGUUACCGACACAACAUUAGGAGGAAAAGUAUCGCCCAGUAAGCACCGAGUCGGUCCGCCGCUUUCCUCUUUUUGCCCCGACGCUUAUUUUCUUACACGGCGAGCUUUUUUCAGUUUCGAUCCAUUUUCCUCUGUGUUCUCGUAUUCUCGACGGAGUGGCGACAUCCCGGUUUUGUGUGUGCGACGCUUUUGAGUGUCCUGUGUGAAGGUUUUUGGAUAAUGAAACUCCGCCGCAGAUGAUAGACGAAUAGAGGGACUCGGUGUAACAGGUGACCAUGUAUUCGGCGCCCGCGAGGCAUCCAGCGUCAGCCGGAGGAGCUGGGCAGGGUGGCCAACUGAAGUUUACAAUAGCCGAAUCUUGCGAAAGGAUAAAAGAAGAGUUCAACUUUCUACAGGCUCAGUAUCACACGCUGAAAUUAGAAUGUGAAAAGUUAGCCAGUGAAAAGACUGAAAUGCAAAGGCAUUAUGUAAUGUACUACGAAAUGUCAUACGGGUUGAACGUAGAGAUGCACAAACAGACUGAGAUUGCAAAACGCUUGAACACUAUUAUAGGACAGCUCCUUCCCUACCUAGCUCAAGAGCACCAGCAGCAGGUAGCCUCGGCAGUGGAAAGGGCGAAACAAGUGACAGUGAACGAACUCAACGUCAUCAUAGGGCAACAGCAACAACAGGGUCUACAACAGUUACUGCAACAGAUCCACGCUUCUCAAGUGCCAGGGGGGCUUCCCGUCGGGCCGCAUCCCGGUGCCGGUGGUGGCCUUUUGUUCGGGGCCGGAGCAGCACCACCGCCCCACCCUCUCAUCAAACCGCAGGAAAUCCACCCCCCGGACGGACACAAAAACCCCCAGGGAGACGAUCGAAUAGUCAACAGGAGUCCGUUUUCGAUAGGCAUCCCCGAGCAGGAACCGAAACGUCGAAAACACGAAAAACUACAUUCGGCCCACGACAGUGAUGGUGAAAAAAGUGAUCAAGAACUGGUUGUUGACGUUGCAAAUGAGGAGGGAAAUUCUCCACAACAAAAUGGUGAGCACAUUAGCAGUGGAGAUAUUAGAGAGAAUGGCUCUGAGAAGAGUGGAGUUGUUACAAACAUUAAGGUUGAGAGGCCAAGGAGUAGAAGUGACUCGUUAUCUAGUAAUAGGAGUACACCUUCUAUCAAAAGUAAAGAUUUGGACAAACCUGGUACGCCAGUAUCAAAAUCUAGUACCCCAACGGGUAGUAGUAGCGGUGGAGGUUGUGGUGGUGGAAGCAAUGGAAGUGGUAAAGCUCCUCUAAUCCCUGCAGCACCUCCUUCUCAUUAUCCCGUACCAAGAGCCGAUCCUUUUUCACCUUAUGCUCGAGCCGCAAUGUGUGAUUAUUUUCAGAUGGGGUAUGACUCUCAUCCACACCCGAGGGUACCUGCGGUUGCUAGUAACGGCCUUGGUAUUCCUGGCGGAAAACCGGCUUAUUCUUUCCACAUGAAUGGUGGUGGACAGUUGGAGCCGGUGCCUUUUCCUACCGAUGCUUUAGUCGGUCCGGGUAUACCAAGGCAUGCUAGGCAGAUCAACUCCCUCGUGCAUGGAGAGGUCGUCUGCGCGGUCACGAUAAGCAAUCCUACAAAAUACGUCUACACGGGUGGAAAAGGAUGUGUCAAAGUAUGGGAUAUAAGCCAACCGGGCGCGAAAGCACCUGUUUCUCAAUUGGACUGCCUUCAAAGAGACAAUUAUAUUAGGUCAGUUAAGUUAUUACCUGACGCAAGAACACUGAUAGUUGGCGGAGAAGCGAGUAACCUUAGCAUUUGGGAUUUGGCUUCUCCCACCCCUCGGAUUAAAGCAGAAUUAACGUCAAGCGCUCCUGCUUGUUAUGCACUUGCCAUCAGCCCAGAUUCGAAGGUCUGUUUUAGUUGUUGCUCAGAUGGAAACAUAGCUGUCUGGGACCUCCAAAACCAAACCCUCGUUCGGCAAUUUCAAGGUCACACUGAUGGCGCUUCGUGCAUCGACAUUUCUGCCGAUGGGACAAAACUCUGGACCGGCGGGCUUGAUAACACUGUCAGGUCGUGGGAUCUCCGCGAAGGCAGACAGCUCCACCAGCAUGACUUCACAUCGCAGAUAUUCUCGUUGGGCUACUGCCCCACUGGCGACUGGCUUGCUGUCGGCAUGGAAAACUCAAACGUUGAAGUUCUUCAUGCCGUAAAGUCAGACAAGUACCAAUUACAUCUCCAUGAAUCAUGCGUUCUAUCGUUGAGAUUCGCUGCUUGUGGAAAGUGGUUUGUUUCGACGGGAAAGGACAACCUUCUAAAUGCUUGGAGGACACCAUAUGGUGCUUCAAUUUUCCAAUCGAAGGAAUCUUCAUCAGUUUUAAGCUGCGAUAUAUCUGCAGAUGACAAGUACAUUGUAACUGGAUCAGGAGACAAGAAGGCCACAGUUUAUGAAGUUAUUUAUUAGAUAUCGUGGGAAGUGUAAACCUACAUUGUCGUUCCGACUCCCCACCGACUUGUACAAAUUAGUGUUUACGCCCAGUGAUAAAUGGGAAAAAGAAACAUUGAACCCUUUGCGAUCUCUCUGCAGGAGGAAAAUUUGGUGGAGACAAAAAAAUAAAUAAAUAAAAAGAUUUUAUUAUGUGAGAAAGCAUGUUUGAACGGAUUCUUUAAAAAAAAAAAUGUGGGAAAUAUUUCAGUGUGGCUGUGUACAUUUUUUUUUUAAGAGGAAGUAUUUACGGAACUUGAAAGUCACAAGUUGAACAAGUGAAGAAGUGAGAAAUAUUAUGUUUGAAAUUUUAAUUUUUGAAUAAAAACUGCACAGUCUUUAUUUUUUAAUAUUUUACUAGCCUAAAUUCUAUAGUUUAAAAUUGUCAAAAGAAAAGAAGUGUUUAAGUAUUUACAGUAUGUAGUCUUUACGUUUAUGAAAAAUAAAUUAAUAAGCUUAAAUAUAAAAAUGUUUGUAUAUUUUAAUUUUUGUGAUUUCACAAUUUGUUAGUUCAAUUUCUGUGAUCUGCCGAAUUUAUAAUAAUGUGAAACCAGUUUUGUAUUUAAGAUCAAAAAGCAAUUUAUGUUUAAUUCGUUGGCCGACAUUCACCUUGAAUAUUUUAAAAUAUAUAUUUAAUUAAGCUCAUUAUUGUUUAGCAAAAUCUAGACAGAAUACUUAUUGAAUAUAAUAAAUGAUGAAUCUGGAAGGGUGCGAAUAAUAAAAUUGUUAUUCAUUUAAAUUGUUUUAAGGAAAACAUCUUUUUGACGUUUCUAAUUAAGCAAUAACAGUGAUUGUACAUAGGAAUUUAGGUUUAAUAGCACUUAUUUAGGUGUACUGUACUUAAAAUUAUAAUGAAAAAAACAAAAUAAACGGAGAAAAUAUUA